AUGUGCCGUUUGUCGACAACAACCUAACGUGCCUCUUCCCCCCCUCCUCUCUCUAUAUCACUUUCUCUCCCACUAUUUAACACCCUCCACACUCCCCUUCCAUAACGCCCACCACUGUUCUUCCGGUUAAAAACCUUCGGGUGGGUGGCACACUUCUUCCCUACAGGCAGCGUCAGCUAAGAAUUAAGCCAAAAUAAUUAAUUAAUUCUUGGCAAAAUCACAUGGCCGCCGCCGCAGAUGGGCUCUUCCGGCCGAUCUACGAGGGCUGCAUCUCCGCCUACGACAACGACGUCGAGCGCCGCCCCUACCACAAGAACUGCGGCUGCGCUCUGCACAGCAAGUCGAGGAGGAACAGCAGAGCGUGCACGCACAAGUUGCCGAAAUGCAACAACGUGUCCUACCCCAUGAGGAGGGCUUGGAGUGAAGGGAGCUUGUCAAUGGCUUCGGCAACAACUUCCGCGCAUUCCUCUCCUUCUUCUUCUCCCGCCGCUGGGUUCAGGCCUCAACACGACGAAGAGGGAAAUAGUAACAAAUUAGGAGUUUUAUUUGAGAUGUGAUCAGGAAAUUGAGAAUAAUUAAUAAUUAAUUAAGUAAUUAAGCAAUACUACCAUGAUCUUUUUGAUAAAACUCCUAUUUUGUUUUGUUUCCUCUUUCUUUCUUUUUUCUUUUAGUUUUGAAUAAUUUGAGUCCGGUUCGGUUGAGGUCUUGGUUAACUUUUUUUUUUUUUAUCUGUUGAAGGUCGUCUUGGGAUUGUAUUGAUCAUCUUAAGCCAUUUUGAUUUAGGGGUUCCUGAUCAAUUCGGUUGGUUCUGAAUUGGACGUCCUCAUUUCUUGUAACGAAGCUAAUUGAAUUUUUUUUAUUAUA